AUGGCCGACCAAUACUCGUCGUCCAUCUUACUCCUCCUGCUCAUCACGAUCAUCAUCUUCAUGAACGUCGACGCAAAAUGCUCCUUCCAAGGCAUCUUCAAUUUCGGAGACUCGAAUUCCGACACCGGAGGCUUCUUCGCGGCGUUUCCUCCCCCGCUGCCCCUCCCAUUCGGCAUCACCUACUUCCACAAACCCACCGGCCGCCUCUCCGACGGCAGGCUGCAGAUCGAUUUUCUGGCGCAGGCUCUCCAACUCCCGUUUCUGAGCCCUUAUCUGGACUCCAUCGGGUCUGACUACAGCCACGGCGUCAACUUUGCGACGUCGGCGUCGCCGGUGCUCCGACCCAACGGAUCCGACCCGAUUAGGGGUGUGACGGGUGUAAGCCCUUUCUAUUUGGAUGUUCAGGUGAAGCAGAUGGAAGAGUUUAAGAGAAGAGUUACAGAGCGUUAUGAAAAAACACUCAACAAUACUACUGAUCUUCCCGGACCCGACAUAUUUGGAAAAGCCCUCUACACCAUCUACAUUGGCCACAACGACAUGGUCCACCGUUUUGCCGAAGUAGGCUUGGGCGGAAUCCGUCCAUACGAGCUUCGAAUAUCUUCCGGGAUAACCAAAGCCAUCAAGAAGCUCUACCGAUUGGGAGGGCGCACAUUUUUCGUGCAAAAUUUGAAUCCAAUGGGAUGUUACGCCGCCGUGUUGGUACUUGUCCCCCACGACCCAUCUGAUGUGGACGCAACGGGAUGUCUAGCUACACUUAAUCAAGCCAUCGAAGACUUCAACUCUCUCCUCAAGGAUGCGCUUUCAAAGACAAGGCGAGAGCUCCAAGACGCAAAUAUCAUAUAUGUCGACACACAUUCCAUCAUUUCCCAACUCUUUCGCCGCCCGAAAUCCUACGGGUUCCGCUAUGGCAUCAAGGCAUGUUGUGGAUAUGGCGGGGGACCCUACAACUUCGAUGCUCGUAUUUUUUGCGCUGAAAGCGCGGUGAUCGACGGGAGAAAUGUGACGGCGGGUGCAUGCUGCGACCCUUGCGAUUACGUGAGCUGGAGCGGGAUUCAUUUCACUGAAGCUGCAAAUAAGGUUAUUGUUGAGGCCAUCCUUAGUGAAACUCUCUUCGACCCACAUUUUCCAUUGAAGAAAUAUUGCGAUGUUCAACCCAUUGGUUGA